AUGAGUCAAAUAACCCCUUCUGAACUGCAUGAUUAUCAGCGCCAAGCAGCCGACCAGUUAACUGAAAAAUAUCUUGAUUACCGGCGAAAUUCGCUUAAAAUUAAAGAUCAAACUGUCCCUUUUUUGAAAUUAUUAUCGAGCGUUACCGGUAGCGGAAAGACCGCUAUUCUGGCCCAAACUCAAACUUACCAUAAUUUAAAAGAGAAAUAUAAAAGUCUAGUUCCUUCGGCUCAAGUAAAAUCUUUUUUAG